CCAGUGACUGAACAGUGUACUUGUGUCCGGAUAUAUUUAUCGACCGCUUUUUCUUUCGUCAAAAAGGAGCAACCUAAACAUCAUAACGUAAUGAGAAAAAGAGUCGGUGAAAGUGGUGUAGGAUCUGCAAAAAGUGAUAGCCAUGUUUCAGAGAAAGAGGAAAGGGGGACAAGUCCUGGAAGUGUGACAACGAGGUCUGGAUGGUGGGCGUGGAUGAAACGAGGACUUAUUGGUUUCUUCGUCAUUUAUGUGUCCGCUGCUUUUGCACCGCGACUCUUUCCAGGUGUCGUGAAAUUCCUGGUAUAUGCGCACACUGUUAGAGUCCCGUUCUUCACAGACCUGAGUCGCCCAGCUGACCUGUCUUUGAACCACACUCUAAAUAUGUACCUGACACCCGAGGAUGGAAUCACUGUUGCCGUGUGGCACACAGUCCCUGACAGUCUGUGGGAAGAGGCACAGGGGAAGGGUCCUGACUGGUACAAGGAGUCUUUGGCUAAUGGAGCCCCCAUUUUCAUUUAUCUCCAUGGCAAUGGUGGAACCAGGGGAGCUUCUCAUCGAGUUGGCCUUGUGAAGGUGCUAAGUGCUACUGGAUAUCAUGUUCUGUCUUUGGACUACAGAGGAUUUGCAGAAUCGACAGGCGAGCCCACGGAGCCAGGGCUGACCACUGAUGCUCUUUAUUUGUACCAGUGGGUAAAAGCCCACAGUGGAAAUAGCCUGGUGUGUAUAUGGGGUCAUUCAUUAGGCACAGGAGUGGCUACCAACAUGGCUUUGAAGUUACAGGAGCAAGGAACUUCUGUUGACGGUGUGAUAAUAGAGUCUCCAUUUACUAAUGCACGACAUGCAGGGAAAAACCACCCAUUUGCCUGGUUUUACUUUAGGUUCCCUUGGUUUGACUACUUUUUCCUGGAUCCAUUGAAGGAUAACCACGUGUUCUUUACAAAUGAUGAUAAUUUGAGGAAGCUGAAGAUACCUCUUCUGAUCCUUCAUGCUGAAGAUGACCUUAUAGUACCCUUCCACAUGGGACAGGAGCUAUACGACAUAGCUCGAAGUGCCCAAAAUUCAGAGGAAAGAGUGAAGAUGGUGAGGUUUAACAAAGAACUGGGGUAUGUCCACAACGGGAGCUACAAAGACCCUCGUAUGCCAGCUAUCAUAAGGGAAUUUGUGGAGUCUUUGUCAUCAUGAGCCAGAGGAAGAGAUUUGAAAACAAAAUCCAAAUGUUCACUUAACUCCCAGAAUGCCUGUAUACUGACUACAUUGUAAUUAAGUGAAUCUGUGACUGUUUCUUUACUGUGAACAUAAAGGAAAUUUACAAAGUGAAA